AUGGCAGAGGGCAACAGUUCCGGCGACCUUUUCUCCAGCGGCAAGCUGGUGGCGGAGGCCGCCGCGUCGGUGUUCCAGCAGAAGAGCGCGGAGAACGUCGACAAGAAGGAGGUCGCCGGCGCGGCGGCCGAGAUCCUGCACGCGGCGUCCACGUACGGCAAGUUCGAGGACAAGCCGGCCGGGCAGUACAUCGAGAAGGCCGAGGGAUACCUGAAGGAGUUCAGCACGGGACACGCCGCCGGCGCCGCGGCGCCGCCGAAGCCAGCGGAGCCGGCGCCCAAGGAGAAGGAGCCGGCGGUGCCUGCGCCGGCCGCGGAGGAAGGCGGCAAGUCGUCGUCGGAGGGGUUUGGCCUCGGCGACGUCGUGAAGGGCGCUGAGCAGCUCGUGGAGAAGCAGGGCGGCGGAGAGGAAAGCGCCGGCGGUGGGCUGUUUAAGAUGGCCCAGGGCUUCCUCAAGUAG